GGUAAAAUCCAUGUACACCAGAUUCUCCGUAAGCUCUCUGCUUCUCUCUUCAGUAGUUCCCCGUUCAUUAUUUUUCGUUUUUUUUUUUUCUCUUUGAUUUAUAAAUUGUGUAUUUGCAAAGAGAAUAUUAGAGGAGAGGAUGGAUUUUGAGCUUCAAGGAAAACCACAUUCCAAAGGAUCUGCAGGCUCUAGCGGAUCGCAUGUGAUAAACAUUCAUGACGAGCCCAGGCACACCAGAUUUCUUAGCUUAUCUAAUUCUGUGGAUUACAGUAGUUAUUACAAGCUAAGGCCACGGGAGGAGGCCAAGGACAUUAGCAAGGACAUUAUAUCCAGUUUGCAGAAACAAGUCGAUGAUAAUAGCAAGCCCAGGCAGGACACAAAGUCUACAAAUUCAGAGAAGUGGAUCGUGUUCUUCAUCGCUAACCUUGGCAUAGAGACCGCUUCAGCUGUUUUUGAUCAGCUUUCCUCUUUAAGUCAUGCCCACUUUGCACUCAUUGGUAUGCUGCUGGCUAUGCUAGCCGUUCUCAUUUGCAUUUUGGAGCUGAUUCUCAAGGGUAAAGAGGAAAGAGUUGAGUUAAGGGCGUGGGGAAUGAUAUGGUGGUUCUAUCAUCCAUAUCCUUCUACGAGGCUUUUUGGUAGUUUCCCUGACAUUUGUGGACUAGGUCUUUCUGUCUCUCAGUGCAUUUGCUCCGCGGUUCAGUACAAUUACCUCCAUCGGCAUGCUAAUAAUCCUAUCAAACUAUCCAUUUUCCCUUUCAUCUUUCUUUUAUUUUUGGCUAUUCGAAGGUGUUGUAAAUAAAAUUUAGGAAAGGAUAGUGUUAUUCACACACUCUUGUUAUUUUUUAUCAUCGAUCUUUUUCAAUUUA